AUGACGAAUAAUUCUUCGUCCAACGAAUUCUAUAAACCAGAGAAAUGUCCUUAUUUGGAGGAAGCGGCUUGGCGAGAUGAGUUCCUGUUGACAGAAGGUACCUACAACCAUCUGGUUGCUAUAAUCAGCAUCAAUUCCAUCUCAGUUUUACCAACUGUGCUGUCGAAUGCUCUGGUGAUUUUUGCUGUCGUAACAAGGAAACGUUUGCGAAAUAAAGCGACAAUCCUUCUAGCGUGCCUGGCCGGGGCGGAUCUUUUGACAGGGCUGCUGGGACAGCCAAUACGAAUAGCGACAGAAGUGCAGCGAAUAUUGAAAAAGGGGACAUUUUGUAGCACUUUGGAAAGAGUAAGCACGUUAUCUUUAAUAUGGCAUAAGUUCGCGACCUUAACUCAUCUUGUGUUAAUAACUGUUGAUAGGUACAUUGCUAUUAAAAAACCAUUAAGGUAUCGAGAUAUUGUUACAACACGGCGAGUAACCGUCGCUGUGCUUUCAGUGUGGACUUUUGCAAUAUUUGUGGUAAUAUCAGAAGUUAUCCUUUCUGGAGUGAAUAGUGGCGCAGACAUGUACAAUAUUUAUUUAACCAUAUGGGACUUAGUGCUCAUCACUGUUACCUCGAUUUCCAUAAUUUCCAUCAUAAGAAUGUACUCGUACAUUUUCUCGGAAACUCGGCGACAACAAAGAUCUCAGACUGAGCAUUUAAGCGCGGAAGAAAUUGCUACAAUCAGGAGAAACAACCGAGCGGCAAAAACCCCUCGGAAUCGUCCUUGGUACGUUACUUGCGACAUACCUGCCAACAAUAAUAUUCAUUAUAAUGUAUUAUUCAGUGAAUCUAGAACGGCGUGUUUUAAACUGCAUCGCGAGUUGGGUGGCAACGUUGGUGAUGUUGGGUUCCCUGUGCAAUCCUCUUGUUUACUGUUGGCGCAAGGAGGAAUUGCGCCAGGCCUUUUUGGAGAUUCUUAA